AUGCAGGAGUUGAAAGUCCUCUUCACCUCGCUGGGCUCCUUGCAGCAGUGCCCAUUGUGCACUCACAACUGUUCGCAAGCUGAGUCAUGUGACCGUGUUGGAGGACUCAUGCUCAACCUGACAGGCUGUGUCUGGACGCUUUGUCCAGAUAAUGGACCUUCAGGUUUCCCUAGGCCAGGUUUUGACAUGUCCAGUUUCAUCGGAGGCAUCAUACUGGUGCUGUGUCUGCCGGCGGGUGGCUUCUUCGCCAUGCGCUUCCUCAAAUUCAAAGAACAGAGCAACUACAACCCCAUGUGA